AUGCGCAUAGGCAUAGGAGCACCCCAAGGCUACAAUCGCCUCGCGCCGAUUAUCGCUCUUGCUGCGGCAGUUCUAUUACAGCCAGAUCCAUUUCUCAAUGAGCUUACCAGUAUGUUUGAGCGCAAUACAAAGACAAAAUCUGUUUGGAAUCCAGAGACUCACCAAGCACAUACUCGUUCCCCCAAAAGAAAAAUUCCUGCUUUGAAUGAUGUGCCGGGCCAUCAACGCAGUCUUUCUGCAGAUGAUGAUAAACUUGAGCUUCUAUGUGAUGGCAUGGGCCAGGCUCUGCAAAUGCCUGGGUCAGGACUUUCUACCUUAUAUGAGUGUUAUUCUAAUGAUGAAAUUGAUGAAUCUGAUGACGAAAGGAUCAUGUUGGACCUAAGAUCCUGUACUUGCAUCAAAGGCAGCAAGCCAAGAGGAGCAAUUUUCUGUUUGUGGAGGAAGGCAAGUGGUGAAAAGAUGCCGAGGACCCUCCCAGCUGCCAAAAGAGUAAGGUCUCUUGCUUUCUAUAGGGACUUUACUUUUGCUGCAUAUGGAAACAAUAUUGCUGUUUUCAAACGUGCUCAUCAGUUAGAAAAACAAAAGGGAAAUGAAAGAGACAUCCAACUCUUCUCCGUAUCGGCGGCACCGGGACGACGACGUCGAGGCUGGGAACAACGCCUAUGUUCACGAGGAGGAUCACAAGAUCCGAACCUUCACUUUGUUGGGGAAAUUGCUCUGGCGCCUCCAGAAGUUGCUAUUGACAUGGCUGCACAACAACA